AUGAUGAAUUCAAAAACAUUCUUACCAAUAUGUUUUGGUGUAUUAAUUUUAUGGAUGCUGAUUGUAUUAGGUCUAUUUCCAAUUAGUUUACCAACAUUUUUAUAUAAAAUUAUUGUUGUUAUUCCAUUUAUUGGGAUUAUGUUAUUUGGUUUUUAUUCAUUAUUUUAUUUAAUAUAUAAGGUUAUUAAUCUCAAAGAUUGUCCUCAAGCAAGAAUUGAUUUAGACCGUGAAGUUGAACGUAUUCAAAAUGAUGCACGUUAUAAAUCUUUAUUUGUUAAACCAAAAGAUCAAUAA